GAAAAAAAAACAAAUGCCGGGCUUUGACAGCUUCAUUAGGGCGACUUUGUCUCCCCACUUGGACAAAAUAGCUUUCCUAUCACUUACACAUAAUAACUCUGCCUUUUCAUCCCUCUUCUUUUUCUAUCUAUCUCUUAGAGGCCGACACAUUUCCCCUCUCAUCUCCCUUCAUCACCUGCAAACCAAAAAGGGAGAAGCUCAAACUUUUGGUUCUAAGCAACAUCACCAUCAAGAUCGGGAAGAGAUACUCUUCAUCCUCUCUUCAACUAAGCUACUACAGGAGAAUUCUGGUCACAUCAACUUUUACUUUCCUGGAUCAGGGUCAAUAUUUAUAGGAGACACUUUGUUCAGCCUAUCAUGUGGCAAGUUGUUUGAAGGAACACCCGACCAGAUGCAGUCGUCCCUUACAAAGAUCAUGUCUUUACCAGCUGAUACAGAAGUAUACUUUGGUCAUGAAUAUACAUUGAGUAGCUCUAAGUUUGCCUUAUUUAUUGAACCUAAGAACGAGGCACUUCAGUCCUAAGCAGCCCGUGUCACACAUCUUCGCAGCAAAGGCGUGCCUGCGCUUCUUGAAACAAGUUGAUGUGGUGGCAGAAGCAGAAGAAAAAAAGAGGAGCAGCAGGAGCAAGCAUUAGUCGUGGCCGAAGUGGGCAAGCAAUCAUAAAUAGUCCAUUAAUAAACAAUGAUCCAUUUCUAGCACACUAAUGUCUUUGUCCCGGAUGCAAUGUUAAACAAUAAAUUGUCAUCGAUUCAUGAUUUUGUGGAACAAUGACUAAUACGAAUUGUAUCUUGGUGGAUCCAAUGUACUUUGAAGUUUAAAAUAUGGGUUGGAGUACUAUUAGUUCAA